AUGGAUAACCUCACACGCUACAACCACGCCUCGGCACUAGGAACACGCCACUUCUGCAGUAAAUGCGGCUGCCAUGUUGGAGAUCUAGGAAUAGAUGAUGGAAAUUGGACAAUCUCCACAGCAAUCUUCACAGAACCGAAUAUCGGACUGUGGAAUAUGUGGUCGCAUUGUUUCACAGACUCAUCAGCCGAUGGUGGCUUUUCGGCUUUAUUUUCGCAUAUCGAUGGUCAACGACUUGAAAUUGUUAACCCGGGGGAUACCUCUGAUUCAAGCAAGAAGGAUGCAAGUGGAAAUAUCCAAUCUAGCGAAGCAGGUUCGACUUCCGAGGACCUACUCGCUCAAUGCCACUGCGGCGGCGUUUCUUUCAAUAUUUCCCGUCCUCAGCAAGAGUUCAUCACCAGUACUGCUAGUGAAGGGUGGCUACACCCAUCCGAUACGAGUAAAUGGCUUGCACUCCUUGAUCUAUGUGAUGACUGCCGUCUCGUCGAUGGAACGAAUAUCAUGGCUUGGACAUUCGUCCCGGUGAACCAUAUAUCGCCCCACAUAUCGGCAGAUUUGAUCAUUGGGUCAUCGAAGAGUUACAGAUCUAGUAAAGAUGUGUUACGGACGUUCUGUGGGACUUGUGGUGCGACGGUGUUCUAUAGUUGUGCUAGUCGGCCGGGGAUUGUCGAUGUGGCCGUUGGGAUUUUGCGUGCGCCGGAGGGAACAAUGGCUGAGAAGUGGCUUAUCUGGAGGGCUGGACGGAUCGGAGCUGCUAGUGAUGGGCUGAAGUAUGAUGCUGCAUUUAGUACGGCGCUUAUUGAGGGGAUGGCGAGAUGGGGUGGUGAGCACGGGAUGCCAGGGGAUUUUGUGGUGCCGUAG